AUGUAUGCUGCACAGCCCAUGUUAGGUCCACAACCAAGAUGCUGUGGUUGUAUUCCAUUAAGAAUAGGAUCUGGCAUUAUCUGUCUGCUAUGGGCAGGAUUCUCAAUGUAUCUAGCAGUGCUAUCAUUUCAAAAUACAAGCUUGAUAUACUCUUACAUGACGCAAGCGGCUACAAUGGUAUAUGGUGUAGUCAACUUAAUAUUAUCACUUGUGUCUGCAGGCGGUAUUGUUAUUUUAAUCAUUGACAGAGGCACGCAUGUCACAUCAUUAUCUCAUGCCAUCUGGGUGUCCGUCUUUUUGGUGCUUGUGGAUGGAUUAGUGAAUGUGAUACUGUUUAUCAUCAAUAAGACAGAUUACCAUUCAUGGUGUAUCAAUUCAUCAUCAUCCACCAUUCAAAAAGACUUUACCUCAAGCAAUAAUACAGUAAACAACUUUGAUUUCCAACACGAUUAUUACAACUGCAAUCACCUUUGGCAAGAUGAAGUAAAAUUCGGAAUCAUUUUUUAUAUCCUCAUGUUUGCCUUUUAUGUCUAUUGGGCCAUGUGUAUCUAUAGCUUUCGAUUAUUUAGACCAGAAUACAUCUCUGAUGCAGAUAUUCGUCAUGCCCAAUCUUACAACAUGCCUCUCAUGGGAGGCCCACCUGCUAUACCCCAACCAGCCAUGAUCAAUAACCCAGCAGCACCAGGCGGUCCUUAUCCCCCAGAUCGAAGUGUGAUUGUGCUCAAUAACGCCAAACCUUCAAAAAGGACCAAAGAUUUUUCAUUCAGAAACAUAAGAAAAUCAAUACGUAACAAAAAGAUUGUGGAACCUUUACGAAGAGAUUCACAGUUCUCUAUUGGAUUCAAGCUGAGCCCAGAUGGAAAGAUCAUUGAUAUUGAAAGUGCACCAUCUCCUACACCGACGUAUAAUACGGCUACAGUCGAUUAUAAUUAUAUUAAACGAAAACCAGUGGAUGACAAAGAAGAUGACAAGUAUUAUUAA